AUGCUCAGCCGCCCCUGUGUGCACAACCCACGCAAUGUGCUGCCAGGGGCUUGCAGUCCCAGGCAUGGCAACCGCUUUCUUCAGCCGCCUGUCUCGUCGGACCUCCGGAAGCCAGUCGAGGUGGCCUGCCUGGCCUCGGUCGCCAGGGUCUGCUGGCACGUCCGUCGACUGAACGGUCGAAGUUUCUCACGCUUGAGACGUAGCCGUGUGCGGCUUGGUGCAAAGGCUCUGGCACAACUUCUGGUGGAUGGAGAUCAGGGUAGCAUUGAGCUCAUUGAGCAGGCCAUUGAGCACUUGCAGGGGCAGGGCCGCAGUGUCGUUGCUACGGUUUUUGCAGAGCCAAGAAGAGUGGAAAACAAGCAGUGGCAUGCGUUUCUUCGAGAGCGGCGAAUUAAGUUUUGUCCUGUGCCCCGUCGCGGAGGUAAAGAGGCCACCGAUCUUGCCAUUGAAUCUAGAUUGGUGCGACUGUCCCAGUCACCAGAUGAUCUGUGUGUAGCCUUGCUCACGAGCGACACUGACUUUGUGGACAUUGUUGAGGAGGUCGCGGCUUCCAAAGACAUGAUCGUCUUCCUCCCACAGUCUCGAGGCAAUGCCGCUCGAAAGUACAGAGCAACUAGUGCUACUGUGGUGCCCAUAGGCCGAAGCGAGGAGGGUCCCAAGGUCAGAGCCAUUCUUCACCCAGACGGAAGCGGGAGCGUCGAGAUGGCAGAGCCCUGGCAAAGCCCAAUUGAAGAGGAGGCUGAGCAUCUUACGCAGUUCUUGCAAGAUCUGGGCUAUCAUGGGGAACGCGGCUUGCUUGUGCAGGGCAUUGCAAAAUUUUGGGUCUCACACCGACUGGGACCACUGACGGUCUACCCGGCUGGGCUGGGAUGUGAAUCACUGCACAAGCUGCUUCAAGCUGCAGGCUCUCAAGUCUCUCAAGCAUCAUGGACUAGGUACAGCGGCGACAUUGCUUUUUUCCUCCCCACCACAAAAGCUCCAGCCAAGACCAGGAUCAAGGUCAAAGAGUAUGGCACCAUGCAUGCAAGGGCAGUUUUUAAGGGCGGAGGCCCGUUCACCAUCAAGGCAUCGAGAGACAUGGUGGCACAAGCUUUGCGCAGACUGGGAUACCUGGACGGCCACUUGAGCUGCGACUUGGCUGAGGCAUUGCUCGCAUUUGUGAACCUUCCAGAGAACAAGCAGGCCCUUCGGAAAAGAUGCGAUGCUCUGCCUACUCCUACUGACACAGUGUCGGACGUAGUGCAGAAGCUGCAUCGCGCGUUUUUGGCCCAUGAUACUGGUGGCCGAUGGCGUGUUGCCCCCAGUGACACCCAAGUCCGCAAAACACUGUGCAAGCACGGCUUCUUGAUGGAUGAGGCGGCCCCACAGAGCCAAGUGCUUGAAGCUAUGCAGCAGUUUGCGCGAGGCCGUGGCUUGAAGGAGAUGCGCAGCUACAUUGGAUAUGUCUUCAGGAUUCAGCAGCACAUGUAUUGUUCAGAUCCCACCAAGGUUGGAAACGUUGAUUUCCGGGCCUGA